AUGUCGUUCUUUGGAUUCGACACCACCCUGCCGCGUGAUCAAGGCGCACCGUCUGGCUCGCGCGGCAUGUUCGAUUCUCACGACCCUUUCGCUGGUCUCAGCCGUGACGGCGACGACGGAGGAGAGGUUCUUGACUUUGAGCAGACCUACGAUGGGCUAGGCCAUCAUCUGCAGGAGUCUGGCGAUACCUUCAAUGACGACACCUUUGGAGGUGAUGAGCCUGUGACGAGAGAUCAAGUUGGACGUGACUUCGACUUUGCCGGCGAGACGGCCAAGAUUAGGGAUACGUUGCUGGAAGAGCAAGCAUUGCACCACGCAAGACAACCGCUACCGCAGGCACGUGCGCCCAAACCAGCGAAGACCGGCUAUGAAGCAUACAAGCAGCCAGAGUACAUUCCAAAGCUGGAGGCCGAUGCUUCCAUCUGGGGCAAGCCAGUACAGCGGAAGCCUACCGAGCAGCCCAAGCAAGACAAUGCCCCCAAGAUGAUGAGUCUGGAAGAGGUGGAGGCUGCCAUGCGCACGCAGUCGAGACCUACACCACCUGCGCAGCCUCUUCAAGAUGUUCAGGCUCAGACUCUAGGCUUGAAGAAUAUGCUAGGACUGGGCAGCACUCCCACUCCUUCGGCUCAACCCCAGCAACAGCCUCCUCCACCUCAGUUCGAACAACGUCCGCCACAGAUUCUGCAGCGUCCUCAGCAGGCUCCACAAGAGCAACAACAACCCACGCCAGACUACAACCUUCGCGCGCCACAUAUCUUGCAGAGACAGCAUUCGCCAGCUCAAGGUCGACCACAAUCUCAGGACUUCCAUGGCCAGCCACCUCAGCCCACGCACUUCCAGCAACCGCCACCUGGCAUGCCAAUGGGUGGUCCUCCACCCCAUGCCCCACGCGGUCCAAUGCACGCUAUGGCUCAAGCGCAGGCUCACGCCCACAACCGUGGUCCAUCAUAUAGCGGUCCGCCUAUAACACAGGCACAGCAAAUGAUGUCCAUGACACCUGAGGAUCGUGAAGCUUAUCUUGCUGAGGAAGCGAAGAGAGCCAAGAGAAAUCACAAAAUCUUCCUUCUCAGCAAGAACAAUGGUCUCAUGACUCCGCAGGACAAGAAUUUCAUAACAAGAAUUCAGCUCCAGCAGUUACUGACCGCCACCGGUGGUGUGGAUAACGAGCCAGGCAGUGAGGAGCAACUCGCCGAAGACUUCUACUACCAGGUCUACGCGCAAAUACGUGGCCCACCAAGAAGCGGGCCAGGCCAGCCGUUGAACCAGUUCGCUCAAACCUAUCUCUUCCAAACCGGCAGUCGGUACGGAUAUGGGCGCAGUCGGCAUCACCCACGCGGUGGCGAUAAUCAUGUCCAGCGAAUGGAGCAGCAAGUCGCGAGGGCAGUCGAAGCUGCCAAGGCAAGGCCAAAGAACAAGCAACUCGUUAUGGAGGGGUCGCUGGGGAAGAUUGCUUUCAGCAACUCAAAGACACCACGCCCGCUUCUUAACAUCAAGCGACCAGAUUCCGCAGCUCAGAUGAGACACCCACCCAAGCCCGCGGACCGGAAGACGACACUACGAGAUAUCGAGGCGCUAUACUCGACAUUGAUGCGUCUGGAAGAUCACGAGAGAAAGCUGCCGCCACCGCCUAAUGAGGACAGUUCCCCAGAGGUCAUAGAAGGCCAUAUGCGGUGGCGGAGCGAGAUGCAAGAGCUCAACGAACAGUUGUGGAAGGCUCUGAAGGUUAUGGAGCCGAUUCAGCCAAACCCAGCUACACCGCAUCCUUUCAUUCAGCUCCUCUCACAUGGCAAGGGAAAGAAGGCCAUUCCUCGUGUUUUCCGACACCUCGACGACAACCAGCGCCUAACCAUGCUCACGCUCAUUGUCAUCCACCUCGACAUUCUGGACGUCAUCCGCGAUGCAUACCCACCACAAGACAACUCACCAAUCCCCGCCCGUGUGAAGGAGGAAGUCGAACUCUUCAGCCAGGCCGUCAUCCCGCCACUUCUCUCCUACAUCAACGAGGCACCUUUGAACAUCAUCAUCGGCCUCGUCGGUCUCGUGCUCGACCGCGUACACGUGCAGAUCAUCGUCCGCACAAAGAUCGGCAUCAGCCUCCUCACCAUGCUCACCUCCCGCGCCGAGCUCGUCCGCCAGCAACAACACGGCACCGAAGAAUGGCAGCAGUGGACCGAGCUCUACAGCAAGCUCUUCGACACCAUCGAGCCGGUCCUGCCGUACAUCUUCCCCACCGACACUAACAUCUCCGCCAGCGAAGACGUCCACGUCUGGCAAUUCCUCGCCACGAUGGGUGUCGGCGCUACGCCUGAUCAGCAGCAGAGGUUGGUUCUUGGUGCCAAGGAUCGUGUCAUGGAGACGGUGACGGUUAGCAAGACGUUGCCGGAGGAGAUGAGCCAGAAGAGGUUGGGCGAUGUGAAUCUGUUCAUGAGGGCUAUUGGGUUGGAUGUGGAGUUGCUGGGUUGA